AUGAUUCAUCGGGUACAGCAAUACAUUCCUGGAGCAGCCAAUGAAACGGAUUAUUGUCCAUUUACAAAUUCCAAUAAUCAACCUGUGGAGUGCAUGGAUUGUUUUUGUUAUAAUGGAUUAAGUUGUUGUUCCAAUAAGAAUGAUAAGCUCAUUCAAGUAUAUUUGGAAGCAAGAAUUAAUCAAACACAAUUUCCAAAAUGUUUUGAACAAUUAAGAAAAUUGAAAUGUAUUGCCUGCUCUCCUUCUUCCUAUUUAUUUGCUAAUUCUUCCAUUCAAAUCGAUCCAGAUUCAAACUCGGAAAUUUCAACGGUUACGCCAAUUAUUUGUCAAGAUUUUUGUGUAGCACUCGUUUCUGCAUGUCAACAAGAAAAUGCAACGUAUACAGAUCCCAAUGAAAAUAAUCAAUAUGUGAAUGUAUUUCCAUAUGAUAUUACACCACAAGUUUUGUGUGGAAUUGAAGUGGUGAAACCUUCUCAAAAUUCGUCUUCAGAAUCUAUGGUGAGAACAAGAUGGAAUGAGUGGAACUUAAUGUUGAAAGAUUAUGUGGAUCGUACUUUGAAAGUUCUCUCAUCGACGGUGUCCUUCUUCACAAAGAAUGAUGAAUGGUCCAUAGAAGAUUCUGAACAAUUUUCAACUAUAACGGUGGAUGAUAUUCCAGUUGGAGUUUCUUUGCAUUGUAAUGCAAAUUUAAACAAAUUGCAACAUUGUUAUCCUGGAACGUCUAUGAUUGUGGACUCUGCUUUUAUCACCUCAAUUUUGGUGUUUGUGUGGGUAGUGGGCGUGGCAGUGAGUGCAAUUGUUGCUGGUAUUGUGUUUAUUUGUAAAUGGAAAACUAGAAGUUAUCAACAAAUCAUGUAG